UAUUGGACAAUACCAACAUGUUCUAAAUAGGUGUAGGUUUUCUUAGAAAACAGGAUGUAAAAUUUAAAAGCAAGUUCUGUUUUCUCCUGAGUGUGAUUGAAUGAUGUUAGAAGGAAGGACUAUUUUACAGGCGGCCUUUGUUUCCGCACUUCUAGCAGCAGCCACAGCCUCCCCUGCCAUGUACAGCGCUGCCCUAGGCACUGUCCCAAGCACCGUCCAGUACUUGUCGCCUACAUGGGCCUUCACCCCCGUCACAUACCGGUCUGGCCAGGACACCACCCGCAGAUCCUUUGAAAAAUCCUGGAUCAUUGACACAGGAAAUCAACAACGCAGUGUCCUGGUGAGAUUUGUCGAGUCAACAAUAAAUUGCCCGAAUGACUUCAUCAAAAUAUUUGAUGGAACUUCAACCAGCAGUUCUGUCCUGGGCAACUUGUGUGAUAACGGUACCAAAACUUUCCAGAGUACUGGAGAAACAGUACGGAUCUUGUUCCACUCAGAAGGUGCAGCUCCCGGAACUAUCAAGUUCAAGUACAGAGCAGCAGUUCCUACUAGUACAAGCUCUGCAGUCAAGAUCGGCCUGCUUGUCGGAGGGUCGUUUGGAGUCAUCAUCUGCUUUGCGUUCCUUGGUUUCUUCAUCUUCUGCCUCUACAGAAAGCGGAAAGGGGAAAAAGAUUUGAUAAACACACCAAUUAUUUGUGAUAGCUCCGCUUCAGGAGGCCGCGACAAUGACGGCUAUGAAGACGUGUUCUUGCAUGCCGAUAUGACGGAGGAAAGUGGAGAUAAUCAAGUCAGAUCAGGGCCAAGGGGAGGCAACUCUCGUCGUGGUGAUCAUGACACCGAACACAUGGGCAGGCCUGUAUUUAAUAAUAAUGCAUACCAAGCAGGUGAACGAAAUGAAAAGGAAGAUGAACUUCGUCAUGGAGACAAACCUAUACAUAUUCAUGAAAAUAAUCAAAGGAUGGAACGACACCUUGACCAUGGUAACAGAUCCCGCCCAGAUCACCCUGACGCUGAACGCUCUGAUGGGCCACAAGAUGACCAUGACAUGCAUCAAGCACGGGGACGCAAAACAAGGGGUGAUUGGCCUGGUCGCGAUGAUCGUGGUACACGUGGCGGGCGCGGUGAUCACGUUGUAGGACGUCAUGGUGGUGCACGGGAGGCAUACAGUGAAGGCAAACGUGACGUUACUGCCGGGAGCAACUCUUCCCGGAUUUUUGCAGAUGUCGAAAUAAACGACAUGGAGCCCGUGAUACGAGGAGGGAAACUGAUUCUCAGACAGAGCAGCAUGGAAGGGGACAUCAUAUAAUGAUUGCAUAAAACAUAUAUGAAAACUUAUAUAUUACUGACCAUUUAUGAGGGCAAUUUGUCGUGCUAUAUGGACCCAAGAAAGUCAUACUUACCGAAGACACGUUCUGUCUCACAUGACAACUACCCGUUUCCCUCUCUCUGUCUCACAUGACAACUACCCGUUUCCCUCUCUCUGUCUCACAUGACGACUACCCGUUUCCCUCUCUCUGUCCCACAUGACAACUAUAUACGUUACCUUCUCCCUGUGUCACAUGACAACUAUACGUUACCUUCUCUCUGUGUCACAUGACAACUAUACGUUACCUUCUCUCUGUGUCACAUGACAACUAUACGUUACCUUCUCUCUGUGUCACAUGACAACUACCCGUUUCCCUCUCUCUGUCUCACAUGACAACUACCCGUUUCCCUCUCUCCGUCUCACAUGACGACUACCCGUUUCCCUCUCUCUGUCCCACAUGACAACUAUAUACGUUACCUUCUCCCUGUGUCACAUGACAACUAUGUUACCUCCUCUCUGUGUCACAUGACAACUAUACGUUACCUUCUCUCUGUGUCACAUGACAACUAUACGUUACCUUCUCUCUGUGUCACAUGACAACUAUACGUUACCUUCUCUCUGUGUCACAUGACAACUAUACGUUACCUUCUCUCUGUGUCACAUGACAACUAUACGUUACCUUCUCUCUGUGUCACAUGACAACUACCCGUUUCCCUCUCUCUGUGUCACAUGACAACUACCCGUUUCCCUCUCUCUGUCUCACAUGACAUCCCACACGGUACCCACCCUGCCUCACAUGACAACCCACACGGUACCCACCCUGCCUCACAUGACAACCCACACGGUACCCGAGCUGCCUCACAUGACAACCCACACGGUAACCACCCUGCCUCACAUGACAACCCACACGGCACCCACCCUGCCUCACAUGACAACCCACACGGUACCCGAGCUGCCUCACAUGACAACCCACACGGUAACCACCCUGCCUCACAUGCCAACCCACACGGUACCCACCCUGCCUCACAUGACAACCUACACGGUACCCGACCUGCCUCACAUGACAACCCACACGGUACCCACCCUGCCUGACAUGACAACGCACACGGUACCCGACCUGCCUCACAUGACAACCCACACGGUACCCACCCUGCCUCACAUGACAACCCACACGGCACCCACACCUAUGCUACAUUUUACGUUGUAUAUUUCUGAUGUAUUUUUAUAUUUUUGACCCCUUAGUACACUUAAUUUCUUCCCAAUACACAAAUAAUUAUGUCUGGAAAUGUGUAUUCGCAUUUCAGACGUGUUUCAUUCUACAUGUAUAUCACAUACAUCAUACAUAAAUCAUUUAUAUAUUUUGUUGAAAAAUAUAACAGUAAUUGUUCAGCAAUGUAUCAGACAAUAAAUUGAUACAAUACA